AUGGCUUCAGGCUACGAUCGUGCUCUUUCUGUCUUCAGCCCCGACGGACAUGUGUUUCAGGUCGAGUAUGCACUGGAAGCAGUCAAGCGAGGAACCUGUGCAGUCGGAGUCAAGGGGAAAGACAUUGUGGUCCUAGGCUGCGAAAAGAGAUCGGCCAUGAAGCUGCAAGACACACGAAUCACCCCCUCCAAGAUUGGUCUUAUCGACACCCACGUCUGCCUUGCUUUUGCCGGGCUUAAUGCCGACGCCCGGAUAUUAAUCGACAAAGCCAGAGUCGAGGCGCAGUCUCAUAGGCUCACAGUGGAAGACCCCGUUACGAUCGAAUACAUUACGAAAUAUGUGGCUGGCGUCCAGCAAAGAUUCACUCAGAGUGGUGGUGUCAGACCGUUCGGCAUCAGUACACUGAUCAUCGGGUUCGACAAGGGUGACAAGGAACCCAAGUUGUACCAAACAGAGCCCUCGGGCAUCUAUUCUGCUUGGAAAGCGAACGCGAUUGGCCGAUCCAGCAAAACCGUACGGGAAUUCCUCGAACGCAACCACAAGGAUGACAUGGACCGAGAGGCGACCAUUUCAUUGACCGUCAAAUCCCUCCUUGAAGUUGUCCAAACAGGUGCCAAGAACAUUGAAAUUGCCAUCAUGGCUCCAGGAAAGACAAUUGAGAUGCUCCCAUCUGAACAGAUUGAACAGUAUGUCAAGACUAUCGAGGCAGAGAAGCAGGAAGAGCAGGCGAAAAAGAAGCCCGGGACGAGAGCGGCCGGCUCGGCAACCUCAUCUCUCCCAACCCGGCCGCUAGCUGAGGGUGAGGGUGGAGGAGACGAAUAA